UUGGAAAGCAUUUGAAAAGGCUAUGGACUGCAGCAUUUCGUGCCAUGGAUGACAUCAAGGAAACUGUUCGAAAUGCUGGGGACAAGUUAUGCCGUGUUGUAACUUCUUUAACAAUAAGGCUUUGUGAUGUCUCACUUACUGAAACGUCAGAUGCAAGGCAUGCAAUGGAUAUUGUCAUACCUCUUUUACUUUCAGAAGGUAUAUUGAGUAAAGUUGACAGCAUACGCAAGGCGUCAAUUGGAGUUGUUAUGAAGCUUGCAAAGGGUGCAGGAGUUUCCCUUCGUCCACAUCUAUCUGAUUUAGUUUGUUGCAUGCUGGAAAGUUUAUCUAGCCUUGAAGACCAGGCACUCAAUUAUGUAGAGUUGCAUGCAGCUAAUGUUGGAAUACAAACUGAGAAACUUGAAACUUUACGAGUUUCAAUUGCAAAAAGCUCUCCUAUGUGGGAAACUCUAGACCUGUGCAUAAAUGUUGUGAAUGGUGAAACAUUGGAUCAGUUGGUCCCUCGUCUUGCUCAAUUGGUUCGAUCUGGGGUUGGCCUCAAUACCCGAGUUGGUGUUGCCAGCUUUAUCAGCUUAUUAGUUCAAAAGGUUGGUGUGGAUAUCAAACCAUUUACAAGCAUGCUGAUGAGGCUACUGUUCCAAGUUGUAAAGGAAGAGAAAAGUACUACUGCUAAACGUGCCUUUGCGAGUGCUUGCGCCAUGGUUUUGAAGUAUGCUGCUGCUUCUCAUGCCCAAAAGUUGAUUGAAGACAGUGCAGCUUUGCAUGCUGGGGAUCGAAACGCUCAAAUUUCAUGUGCAAUCCUUUUCAAAAGCUACUCAUCCACAGCCUCAGAUGUGGUGAACGGAUAUCAAUCAGUGGUUGUUCCAGCUAUUUUUUUAUCCAGAUUUGAUGAUGACAAGUAUGUCUCUGAGCUCUUUGAAGAGUUGUGGGAAGAGAAUACUAGUGGUGAAAGCAUCACCCUUCAGUUGUUUCUGGGAGAAAUUGUUUUCCUUAUUUGUGAGGGCAUUGCUUCAUCCUCGUGGGCAAGCAAGAAGAAGUCAGCCCAAGCAAUUUGCAAACUCAGCGAAGUUUUGGGUGAAUCCUUGUCCUCCCAUCAUCAUGUUCUGCUCAAAUCUGUCAUGAAGGAAGUUCCUGGACGUUUGUGGGAGGGGAAGGAAGCUCUUUUACAAGCAAUAGGUGCUCUUUCAAUGGCUUGCCAUAGAGCAAUUUCUGCUGAAGAUCCUGCCACUCCCAAUUCCAUUUUGACCCUAGUAUCUUCUGCAUGCACAAAGAAAGUAAAGAAGUACCGUGAAGCAGCGUUAUCCUGUCUUGAGCAGAUUAUAAAAGCCUUUGGUAAUCCAGAGUUUUUCAACUCUGUAUUCCCAAUAUUAUUUGAGAUGUGCAAUUCUGCCUCUCUGAGUCAGCCUAGACAAGCUCCUUUGGCAAGCUAUGCUGCUAAAACAGAAUCAGGUGUUGAAGAUAGCUAUCCACCCCUUAAUAAAAUAAUGGACUGUCUAAAAUCCUGCAUCCAUGUGGCCUUUGUGAAUGCUAUUCUUCAGCAAAAAAAGAACCUAAUGGACAUGCUUUUGAUUUCGCUAUCACCUGGUUCUCCAUGGAUAGUGAAAGUAUCAGCAUUUUCAACAAUAAAAGAACUGUGCUCAAGGCUCUGGAAUUCUUUCAGUGACACCCAGGAAACCUCUCUUGAUGGCAAUGGAGCUUCUUUUGUCCUGGAGCUGUUUCAGUCUGUAUCACCUAGGAUUCUUGAGUGCAUAAAGACAAUCAAGAUUGCCCAGGUUCACAUUGCCGCUUCAGAAUGCCUGCUGGACGUCACCAAGCUUUACAGACAGGUUCUACCACAGAAACCAACCGAAACGGAACUCAAAGAAGAGAUCCUUCAUCUUAUUGAAGUGGAAAAGAAUGAAGAGGCAAAAAUGUUCUUGAAAAGAUCUCUUGAGUGCCUCGAAAGCCUCGGCUAAGAAACUGUUUGAGAACCCAGAAUACAACGCUUUACAGCAAUCAGAGGCAUGGUUGCUCAUUAUCGAGAUUAUGACUGUUUUCUCCAUGUUAUCAUGUCCUAAUACAGCCUUUUGCCUGGAUGGAAAUUUUCGACGAAACAGAGGUUGGAGGAACGGAAAAAUUUGAAGCUAAAAUCUUUGGUGAAUAACAGAAGCGGCUUCCCGAUCAUCUAAAUCUAAUUUUAGGAAUCAUCAUAAUGCUUAUGCAGCUUUUAGAAUAAUUCUUAGAGUUGCAACUCCUUUUGUUCUAGUGAACAAAUGCUUACAGGGGAACAGUCAUCUUUAAGGUAAUGGCUCCACCAUCAGGAAUUGUACUUAAGACUUAAGACUAGUAAUAAUUCAGCUUCUCAGUUUUAUUUAUCAUUUAUAUGUAUAUGUAUUUGAUCAUAUGCAGUAUUCUAUUUUUAAUUAA